GAGAGAGGCAGUGAGGGAGACCCUGAGAGAGAAGCUGGAUCUGGAGAAGAGGGCUCUGCAGGUGGUGGAGCGUCUCUUGGAGGACAGCGUCGCAGACGACUUCCUGGUUGACUGUGCAAGGUUGAUCACUGCUGCCAAUUACAAAGACACAGUUGAGGAGAGGUCCAUUGUGAAGCUGUGCGGUUAUCCUGUCUGUUCAAACAAACUGGGCAAGGUCUCCACUCAACAGUUCAAAAUUUCCACCAAAACCAACAAAGUCUAUGACAUCACGGAACGCAAGAGCUUCUGCAGUAACUUCUGCUACAAAGCCUCCAAGUCCUUUGAGCUGCAGAUAUCAAAGAGCCCUCUGUGGCUGAGGCAGCACGAGAGCCCCCCCGAUGUGAAAUUAAUGAAGAAAGGAGAUGGCGGUAGCACCGGAGAGGAGGUGAGGCUGGCUGAGAGGCGUCUCAGAGAGGACGAUGUGGAGAACCCCAUUCCCUUGGACUCCGUGUCCCCAGAGGCCCCAGAGGACCCCAGGCGCUCCCCUACAGCCGGCCACAGCGACGACAGCGACACAGAACACGACUUUGUCUCAAGCGUGGUCUCCCAGCGACGGGGACCCAGGGUGCACUGGGGCGAUCUGCCCAAGCGCACCGCCGAAGGGCAGGGUAGGGAACCUGGAGAGGGGGAGGACAAGGAGAGAAGGUCGGGAGGGAAGGACACAACGGUGCCCAACCAAAUACAAACAAACGAGGCGGAAGACGAGGAGGAGAAUACAGAAGAAUCACAGAAAGCACAAAGGAAGCCAAGCAAUGGCACAGAUGGACACCAACAGCACACCACAGAUACGAACCACCAGAGUGAGCAGCAAUCUUUCCUGGGAGAGAGAGGCUCGCCAGAGGGCCAGUCUAUGGAGGAAGCCGCAGAGCUAUUGAGCCAAGUUACAAUACAGGAUCGAGACCCAGCCACAGCUACGUCUCCUGCACUAACAGCCUGCAGUGUACAGAAUCAAGACCCAGCUCUAAACCGCAGUCCACAGGGAGACCCAGCACAGCCCACCCAGCCUGGCAUCAACAUCACCCAGGUGGGCAUGAGCAGAAGGGGAGCCCAGGGGCUCCGGGGGCUCCUCAAGUGCCACGAAGCCGGGACUAAACCUGUCUCGGUCCGGCUGAACCUUCUAGAAGGCCUAAGGAGGACCUUCACUGAAUGGAUGACUGAGGAGACUAUGAAGUUCCUAUAUGGCCCAGACCACUUUAGUAAAACACUGAUAGAAACAAAGGAGGAGGAGGAGAAGGAAGAGGAGCUAGAUGAAGAUGACUUGGAGGACAUUGUGAAGGAUGGUGGGGAGGAACGUGAGACUGACUCCCAAGGGGGUCCAGGAAGGCCCUCGGCCCCGGCCCCAGACUACGACACCCUACGCAGGGAGACAGAGGAGAUGGGGUUGAGGGUGAGGGAGUUCUACAAAGGGACGAAGGAAGUCCAGCGGGUGUCAGGGAAACAACAUGCCAGAGACGAAGACUCAGAGAACCAGGGUGGGGCACUCCCGUUGGUUGACUCCCAUUCCCAGCACCUCAUCCAGAAACGGAUUACGGUGGAGAAGCUCACUAAAGGCCUGAGAGACAUCGUGGGCCCUCUGCGUCUCACCAUGACUGACGUCUCCAGUGACCUCAACAGGCUGGUCAGAACCUUCAGAUUUACAAACACCAACAUCAUCCACAAAGGCCCAGAGUGGACCUUGAUUGCGGUGGUGCUCCUCCAUUUGUUAUCAGAGGUGUCCCCGGUGGUGCGGGAGGCCCUGGAGAGGCCGGCCUCCGUCGAUUACCUCUCUACUCUGAUGCAGGAGCUCCCACUGCUGGACCAGGACCUGCAGAGCCUGAUCCAGCUACUCAGAACCGCAGAGCUCUGUCCACACGAGCACACAGAGAACCGGCAGACAAAUCAAUGAAAGUAUUCUUCUUCUGGACAACAUUUUCCCCUUUUAUAAGAACUGCGGAGAGACGUCAGUCCGGUUAUCUUUUUUAUUUGAUUUGGUUGCUUUUUCGGUUUUGUUGAUUUCUAUUUGAUUGAUUUGUGUUCUAUUAUUGAGAAUUAAGAGUCAAAUAAUGACUUUCGUCUUCUCCCGGGCAAUGUACAGUGCUCGAUGUGGUUGUAGUUCUCUGAAAUGAAGACCGUGUAGGCACACCGUAUCACUGAAUAGGCUUGUUUUCAAACAUAAAUUCUUACACUUGUGCAUAGUUGAGUAAAUCUGUGAAUCUGUUGAUGCUGUAAAUGUUUAAAUCAAAUCUUUAAAGUGACAAGCCUCUGAUGUUUAACCCUGUGCCUCUAUACAACCAAAUCAAAUCACACUCAGGUUUUACACUUUGUCUAAAAACGUCAUGUGUUGUGGACUAUAUUGCCUAACUGUAAGAGGAUGGUGCAAUAAAAGUGAUGCUGUUUCUCCCAACUUCCUUAA